CAGGUUUCUUCAUUACGGUUCCCUUUCACUCAGGGACAAGCUCAGCAAGGUUAUGACAUAGCGGCACAUUUCGAAUUCACUUCAAAAUGCAGAUCAUAAGGAGCGAGACAAUAAAAUGCACAAGCAUGCUUCUCUGUGGCUUACUGCUAAUCUACUGCCAGAUCACACAUGUUGGGGCUCAAGACACAUAUGUGGCAGAGGUGAUGAUCGAAGGGAACGCAACCAUGGAUGUAUCUGGAUUCAUAUCUGAAAUGAUCAUGGCCAUCACAACCACCACGUCCAUCGUGGACGCUGAAAUAAUAGGCGAAUGUGAGCUCGUUGGUGAUGAGACAACAUGCUGGUGUGAGCCUAAUUACAUUUGGAGUGACCUAGUGUGCGACACUUUCACUACCUGCUGCAACACUAUACAGUGUGUGGCGAAUGUCUCCGAUUUCACGCCGAUGUGUGUUCCCCAAGUGAACGGUAAGCUGACAGCUCGUGUAUUUCCCAGCAAAAACAAAGUAAUAAGGCCAUUGUUGUCACGUUUCAAACAUUCAAUCCAUCUCUUCUCUUUCUGUACAGUUACUCUUUAUGGAGUCCUCACCAUGUCCUACGUAACCAACCUUCACACGCAGCUGCAAGCUGCGUUCGCGCUGCUGAAUGGGUUCAACACGUUCACCAGUCUAAUGAUUACUGGCGGUCAGACUUUCACUGUGAGUCUCAAUGCCACGUGUAAAUCUGCGAAGCUUCAAAACAUAAUCUCAAACAUGAUGACGACCUACACGUACAUUACAAAUUUCAACAUUACAACGACAGGAAUGGCCAGUAUCGAAAUUCCUCAGGGGAAGGUGUGUUAUAAUUCACAGUACACACUAAACUGCAGCACAGAGGAAACCAUGGAGACGUGCACAUGGAUGAUUGCUUAUCCUAACCAGUACCCACAGAUAAUUGGGGUAGGGUCAGAAGUGGAACUACUGCCUUGUUCAAACCAAUCAUCAAUCAACCUUCUGAACAUAAAAGGGAAUUGGGCAGGAACAUACACCUGCCUGUUUACGAAUGGGUCAGUGUCACAUUCAGCCUCAGGACUUCUUGAGGUCGCCCUCUUACCAGAUAAAAUCAAUGUCACCAGCGUGCCACCAACUGCAGAUUGUUCUGUGGGUUCAUCCACGUCAGUUAUCGUGACAUGUUCCAUCUUUCUGAGUCAGGAAAAUUACACAGUUAUGAUAAACGAUUUACCAGUACAGACGACAGUGACCCCCCUAAUACAAAGCUACACUCUAACUGUGCCCAUCAACUGCGUGGCAGAACCGAUACCAUCAGCCAGUGCUCUGUGCCAGUUCACAAACUCUUUAAACCAGAUACAAAUCGCCAAUACAACCAUAUCAAUAAUAUACCCUGGGGAUCCAUUUUGUCAAGAGAACGGCACAUGGCCAAAAACCAAGGGUGCAGAAGUAGCAACUAUACUCUGUACCGAAACGGGUAGAGUAGGAAACAUGGAGCGAAUGUGCAAUGGCACAGUAUGGGCUGACCCAGUUGAUCUUUGCACCAAAGAAACACUGAACCUAUUACUCACUGCAGCAUCGGAUUUUGAAAAAGGUAUUGGGGCCACAACAGAGGGCGCAAUUCUCAUAUUUGAAAGUCUAAAGAAUGGUACUUCGACUACAAACUCCUACGGUGAUGUAAUGGCCACUGUUUCUAUUUUUACAUCAAUGAGUCUUGCGUCCGGAAGAGUCACGCUGACCGAUUCCCUACUGCCAAAUUUCAUCGAGUCUGCAAGCAGUGUGCUGAACACGACCUGGAUAUCAGGAAAUGUACAGCGUGACUAUAAAAUCGCUACCACAUAUCUAUCGUCUGUUGAGAACCUGGUGAAAAACAUUCAAGUUAAUGAGAGCGAGGGACAUAAUUCUUCAAACAUCCAACUUCAAUUCUGCCGGAACAACACCGUCUGCAAUAAAACCCUUUUCAAUGUCGAGCUUGAACUGAACUCAACUUCUUCUAUGGUGAAAACGAUGGGAAUUCAGAGCAUGGCAGCACGUCUCCCAAGGGGCAUUUAUCAAGAUGCAAUAUUUCCGGCCCUAGUUAUCAGUGCUGUAAUCGAAAACAACGGCCCUGUAAACAUCAGGAUGGCUUAUCCAAUACCUGAAAAUGAUUCUGCUGGCAACUCACCAUCCUGCAUAUUUUGGAACAUGACAGAAAAUCAAUGGUCACAGGUCGGCUGUACCUUGGUACAAAGUUCUGAGAACAUGAGCUACUGCGAUUGCGAUCACCUGACCUCCUUCUCUAUGCUGUUGUCCAAGACCCCUGUUAACCUGCCUUUCUUAGACCAGUUAACUUACAUUGGGUUGGGAAUCUCCAUCUGCUCCCUGAUAGUCUUCCUCAUCAUUGAAUUCUUGGUAUGGAACGCGGUGGUCAAGUCCAACCUCUCUCACUUCCGUCACACUUCCCUGGUCAACAUUUCUCUGUGUCUCCUCAUAGCUGACUGCAGCUUCAUUGCCUCGUCCUUCCCGAACAUUCUGAAUGACACUUUAUGUCUUAUGUUGACAAUCGCGAAGCAUUUCUUCUUCCUGGGCAUGUUUUUCUGGAUGCUCUGCUUGAGCAUGAUGCUCCUCCAUCAGCUCAUUUUCGUCUUCAAUCCACUGAGAAAAAGCGUGUACAUGCCUCUCGCCAUCAUUGUUGGGUACUUUUUCCCAACGGUGAUCGUGGGAGUGACCUAUGUGUACUACAACAACAGAAAAGAUGUAACCUACUACAGCCGUGCUACCUGCUGGCUGACGUAUGUAUCAUCAAUGCAAGGGUCCCUCUACUCUUUUCUCCUCCCCAUCGGCUUCGUUGUGUUCGCCAACUUAUGCUCAAUGGUGGUGGUCAUUUCAACUGUCAUGAAGCCUGCUGCAACCGAGAACACCAAAAAGGAUGACAAAGAGGCAGCCAAGAGUGUCAUCAAAGUGAUCGUUUUUCUAACACCAGUUUUUGGAGGGACCUGGAUUUUAGGGCUUUUUGUGUUUCUGAUGAACGACAACAAGUUCACCAAGGUUUUAAUCAAUUAUGCCUUCACCAUUGUUAACUCCUUACAGGGAUUGUUCAUUUUGCUGACUGGAUGUUUUGGAGAAAAAAGAGUUCGAGAUGAAAUUGUGAAACUCAUUUCAUCUAAGGGAUCCAAAAGCGAAAGCAAGACGAACCUGACUUCACGUCAAAAGUGAAGGGAUUAAACUAGAAUAGAUCGAGGGCUGAAGAUGUACCAAUUUUACAGCAGGAGUACACAAUGCGCCAGACACAAUGGAGACACACACACACACACACAGAAUGGAGAGCAACAGACACAAUGGACCUGCAGGAUGCUGCACAGUACAAUAAGUUCAUCACAGAAGAUAAUAGAGACUCAUUUAGCAAAUAUCCGACACCACUAGCAUCCAUGC